AGGGAAAACGUGCAAGAUUUUCUCCGUAGUGGGGGCGGAGAGGCGUUGGGAGGAGAGCAGCCCACGUAGGCAGGUAGCGGCGAUGAAAGCAUAAAGCCCAGUGACGUCGCCCACACGUGGCGCCUGGCAAGUGAACAAUCGCGGUUAAGAGGGGCGCGCCGCAGCCAGCAACGCUCCGGCCCAACUGCAGGAAGGGUUAGAAAAUUAUACACCAUGGCCCUCCUAAAGACACUCUAGGAAAACCAUGUCAUCCUGAUCUUAAAACACCUGCAAGAAAGAGCACAGUACUUCACCAUUAAUAAAGCAGAUAUUUCAUCCUGCUCAGAAAACCAACAUUUCCAGCAAUGGCUUUACUACCGGUGUUGUUUCUGGUUACUGUGCUGCUUACAUCUUUACCUGCCGAAGGAAAGGAUCCCUCUUUUACUGCUUUGUUAACCACCCAGUUGCAAGUGCAAAGGGAGAUUGUAAAUAAACACAAUGAACUAAGGAAAGCAGUCUCUCCACCUGCCAGUAACAUGCUAAAGAUGGAAUGGAGCAGAGAGGUAACAACAAAUGCCCAAAGGUGGGCAAACCAGUGCACUUUACAACACAGUGAUCCAGAGGACCGCAAAACCAGUACAAGAUGUGGUGAGAAUCUCUAUAUGUCAAGUGACCCUACUUCCUGGUCAGCUGCAAUCCAAAGCUGGUAUGACGAGAGCCUAGAUUUUGUCUAUGGUGUAGGACCAAAGAGUCCCAAUGCAGUUGUUGGACAUUAUACUCAGCUUGUUUGGUACUCGACUUACCAGGUAGGCUGUGGAAUUGCCUACUGUCCCAAUCAAGAUAGUCUAAAAUACUACUAUGUUUGCCAAUAUUGUCCUGCUGGUAAUAAUGUGAAUAGAAAGAAUACCCCUUACCAACAAGGAACACCUUGUGCCAGUUGCCCGGAUAACUGUGACAAAGGACUAUGCACCAAUAGUUGCCAGUAUCAAGAUCUCCUAAGUAACUGUGAUUCCUUGAAGAAUACAGCUGGCUGUGAACAUGAGUUACUCAAGGAAAAGUGCAAGGCUACUUGCCUAUGUGAGAAUAAAAUUUACUGAUUUGCCUAGUGAGCAUUGUGCAAGACCGCAUGGAUAAGGGCUGCAUCGUUUAAUUGACACAUACCAGGGGAAAUUGUAUGUAUGUUAGUUACAAAUUUGAUUUCAAAGAGCAAUGCAUCUUCUCCCAGAUCAUCACAGAAAUCACUUUCAGGCAAUAAUUUACAAAAGUAGCAUAGUAUAUGAUGACAACUGUGAACUCUGACAUAAAUUUAGUGCGUUAUAAAGAACUGAAUCAGGUUGAGGAUUUUGAAAACUGUAUAACCAUAGGAUUUAGGUCACUGGGACUUUGGAUCAAAAUGGUGCGUUAUGUAUUUCCUGAAACACGCUAAAGAAGAAGACUGUGACAUCAUUGCCAUUCCUACUACCUGAGCUUUUACUUGCAUAAACAAUAAAUUCAAAGCUUUACAUCUGC